CGUAUCAAAAACUGUCAAAUUAAACAAAUACAACUUUUAAUCAACAUUUUUAUUUAUAGUUUUACAUGUAAAUUCUAGCCAUGGUUACAAAUACGGCAGUUAAAAAAAAGAAAUGCAUUUGCAACAAAGAAGAACUUUUGAAAAAGAUAACUGGUGAUCCUCCGCCAUUGCUGAUCGGAGAAAUCAAUAAAAUACGUUUGAAUUUGUUUACUGAAAGGAAUUCUGAUGGUACAGGGUACUUAGUACUUCGAGGGAAGGAUAUUCACGAUAGAUAUAAAAGAAGAAUAAAAGAUUUAGAUAUAACAGCUAUCUAUCUUUAUAUCAGAGAAAUUCCAAGAAGAAUAACGAAGGUCGAUCUUUGCUACAACCAAAUAACUGACCGAGGCUUCUUUAAUUUACUAAAACGAUUGCUAAUCAAAGGCAGAUCGAGUAUUUUAGACUUAAAUAUUAUGAACAACAACAUAACCUAUAAAUCAAUGGAAUAUUUAGCUCAGUACGCGAAAUAUAUUAAAUUAAAAAGGUUAAGAAUAAACGAUUUGGGUGAAACUGGACAGACAUUGACUAGUGUGGCGGAAAUUAUGGCGGCCUUUAGGAACGAUAACGACGGAAAUACAACAGUAAAAGUUUUGGAUUUAAGUAGAAUAAACCCUUUGUUUAAUCGUUAUCCAUACGAAACAAAAUGGCUGGCAUAUCACAUUGAAUUUUUGCUGGAAAGAAAUUCUAAUAUAAUUGAAUUACAUUUGCAGAAGAAUCAAUUUAUAGCGCACGAUAUGGAGUACUUUGUUAGAGGUCUGAGAAAUAAUACUACACUACGUUAUUUGGAUCUUGGAUAUAAUAGAAUAGGAGAUUACGGAGCUGAAUUACUGGCUAAAUACUUAUCUGAAGCGCCUCAAUUAAUAUUUAUAAAUAUAGCUGGUAAUGGCAUUCAUGACAUUGGCGCGAAAGCGUUAAGUUAUGGGUUGCCAUAUUCAAAUGUUAGAGCGCUAGAUAUUUCCCAAAAUAAAUUGUCGAAUGAGGGAGUUUUGGAUUUGUUGUAUACGAUUAAAAAGAAAGUUUUCUUAAGAUAUUUAAAUAUUUGGGGUAAUGAAUUAAAACAUACUAGUUGCGAAAUUAUACAAAGAAUGUUAACGAGUGGGGUGUUAGAUCAGAGUACAUUUGAUGUGAAAAUUUACGAAGUGGAUGAGGUGUUUUGUGCUGCAUACUAUCCCAAUCCAGCUGAUAGAAGUAAACAUUUUUAUUAUUGUGAAUUAGAGUAUGGUUAUGCGCAGCCGAUUUACCAUAUUAAAAGGAAUGUGUUGCCAGAGAAGAGAGGAAAAGUAUUUACCAAAUAUGUGUAAUCACGAUGUAUCUGACAUUUUGCGACUUUUUAUUUAAUAUAUUGAAUAAAAAUAUUGGUUAAUUUA